AUGAUUAGGCCUCGAAAACGGCGACGGGGUGUUGAUGAUAGCGGCAGUUUGGAUCAGGAUAUCGACUAUAAUGCCACAAAUUAUUAUCAUCGCUAUAAAAACAAGUCGUAUGUUCGGAGGAAUGACGUCGGUAAAUACUGUCAAGUCUGCAAAGCAAAGCGAUUAGGAGGACGUUCACGUGGUCUUCCAAGUGAUUUGCAGCUUCGCAAAUUAUGGAUUUUGCGCUUCAACCUUGAGCCAGAACGAGCGGCGGAGUUGUGGGUGAAGGAUGCAUUUGCUGACAAUUCACACAGCGGAGAAGUUUGUGCAAUGCAUUUCCCGGAAGAGUCUGACGUGUACCACAAUCCGAGAGACGUUCUUCCAAUCGACAUGAGAGAACCACACUUAGUGGGCCAAGAAGCUGAAGACGUUGACUUUGGGAACAUGGUUCUAACCUGUGUGUUUUGUAACGCACAGCGUCCAUUGAAGUCUAUGAUUCCGUUUGCCCGUGCACGCUUUAGACGGCGUCGAUGGAUCACGGCUCUCAGCGAUAACGAUGCACAAUCUGAGAACCACCUUCGCGAGGCGCUGAAGAAUGGUGCCACCAAGUUCCUUUGUGAUUGGCACUUUGCUGAUGAGUGCUUUUCCAUAAACACGUUUGGCGAAUGGAAACUGAAGAAGGAUGCCCUACCAAACCCACAUCUGGAAGAAAAUGAUCGGGCCUCUUUACGCAUUUAUAUGAUCAAUCACUUGGAUUCAACUAUUCAAAGGAACGACGAGCUGCGCAGAAGAAGAGUAAACUACCUAAUGCUUAGAAAGCAUGCUCAAGAGAAGGAACGGAUGGAUCGAGAGAAUUCACGUUCUGUCCAACAUAAAAUGCGGCGUACAUUCCCAAGACAAGUAUCCGAUGGAGCCAUUGACCACCUCACUUAUGAACCUGACCAAAUGCAUUCGGACUAUGUUACUGAAAGUGGACGUCGUCCAAACCCUGCCAAUAUAUCUAGCUCCGUUGAGUACUUGGAGCUAGACCCUGAAAUGCCGUUAUUGUAUCCAGAUCAUGCAGAUGGUCCUUCGGAGAUUUACCAUCGCGGCCCUACAACGUCUCAGGACUCUUUGCGAAAUAGUUAUUUUGAUGGGUUUUCUGAAGCAAAUAUCGAUUAUUCCGAUGAAAGCGACUUGGAAAUGGAAAUUAUCCAAAAGAUGCAAAGAACAGUGGACGUGAUCGUGUCAGAGGCUCGUCAGUGUGAGUACUGUCAUGUGGUUGUUUCAAUGGAACGAUCAAAGUCUACGCAUCGCAUGAGGACAUGGCCUUACGAUGAUGUCAAACACGAAAAAUACCUUUCGAUAAUGGAAUUUCCGAAAGACUUCGAAGAAGAAUUACGCCGCCUUUGGGUGAAACGGCGGAUUGAACCACUCGACGUUGCACCUGGAAGUGUAUAUAAGUAUCCAACUAUUAGCAUAUGUCAGCAUCACUUAGAUAUAGCGAGGGUUCCUGAACAGAUAGAGUCGUGGCUUUCCAAGUACUGUGUGCUGUGCGACGAAGAACUCGGAGAUGAAAAUCUUCUUCUACCAUUCCCUUUGGAUCGGAGUAGCAGACUUGCGUGGGCAAAGAGUCUCUUUUCUCGGAAGCCUAUAAACAAUCUUGUACAAAAACAACAGCGAUGGCUUUGUGAGCGAUUGACUCGAGAAGCAGCAACACGCUAUCGUUUGUGCCUUUUCCAUUUUCCCAAAAGCAGUUUCUCCGUAUCUAAGGACUGUAUUGAUUUUGAUCAAACCUCACAACCUCUCAGUUUGAAUAUAUGCCAGUAUGAAAGGAUCCCUCGUGGCCCGCAGGGUGUCGUGAAGUGUCCUCUUUGCGAUACAUGGAAUGUUGUGGCAGAAACCACGCAAAUUCGGAUACCGAGAGGAGCUGCUGAACGGAAUUUCCUUGUCGAGUACCUUAUCAGCGGAGAUAAGUCGACUUUGAGAAAGGGCGUUGAGAAGUUGUCUGCUGAAGCAUCCACAAUAUGUAAAGCACACAUGGAAAAGGAUCCCUUCGAACAGAUUGCUGAGCGAAAACUUGUUGCGUCAGUGAUGGUACAGUGCGUGGCGUGCUCUGUACACGAUCUUGCACAGAACAUGACUCCUUUCCCACAUGAUGCGGCUGAACGGAUAAUGUGGGUGGAUUCGAUGUCGCGUAGACGAGGAAAUAGAAUGCGGUUACUGAAUCGCUUAUCGUUGGAAGGACGCCACUACAUCUGUCCGCAACAUUUCCAUGUUAAUGCUCUUCGAUAUAUACCUGGUCUUGGUAUUUUUAAGAAAGCUUUCUUCCUACCCAUUCAUGAUCCAAACGAGCAAAUAAUUACUCGAGUACCGGAACCGCAGGAGGAUGACUAUGUUCCACUCUUAAUCGAUGGAUUUGAUAACGACAAGGUUCAAUGGACUCUCGAUUAUGACAAAGUGACCAGCGUGGUGGGAGAAACAGAUGAUGAGAUCCAUCAAGAACUUGAUGAUGAGCUGCAGGCGACUACUUCGUUUUCUGGGUUGGCUCAUGCGCCGGCUCAAAAUCAGGGAAGAGAGGUGUUACCCAGAGUGGUUGGUGGAGAAAACUACUGCUACGAGCAAGUCAGUGGCGAUGCCGAAGAGCUUGACGCUGAUGCUCAAAUAGUCUCCGUAGACGAUGAGCCUCAUGUGCUAGUGGAAGAGAUGCCUGUUCCGGAAAGGGAAGAAGUAGUCGUUACUGGAAACCCAGGUUGA